AUGCACCAGCCUUCCCGCCCCAUCUCCCCUACUCUGCCUGUCGAAAAUGGGCCUGCUCAUGCGCCCGACGAUAACAAAGCCCUACCUGAUCCCUACAUCGAACGUCUGCGCGCCGCCUCCCUUGUCAAAUCCCCCAACAAGCGAGUCAAUGCCGAGCCCCUCUCCUCAGGCGUCCCCAACCCCUGGGACUCCCCCAGAGUCGCCUCGCCACCGAGCUACACGGGCAUCUCUUACGCGGGUAUGGCGUCCCGCCCUGCGACGCCUCCGGCGCUCCUCGCAAUGAAGAAAGCGAACGGGAAGGCCGUCACGCCGACGGAGCACAGUGAGACGGCCGGAAAAGAGGGCCCGGUUGCCGCGGAGCCGGUCCAGACGAAGUCGGAGAUCAUCGACGUCGACGCAGCGACCCCUGAGAUGGUUAUAAAAGAGGAGGAAGAUCUUGAACUCAACGCGUUGGCCCUGCGACGCACCCGUUCGGAGAAACAGCAGAUAGUAGCCAAAGUGAAAAACAAGAAGCAACGAUCGAAGAAAAGUGCGAAGGCUGCGGGCAAAGCGCCAGCGAGCGUAGGGAAGGGUCUGCCGAGCUUGGUAACCUCGCCCGCGGCGGUCGUCCAGCCGCCUGACCUCCCUCAGGCCCAGCGUUCGACCAGCGACAUGCGCAAGCGGCGCCGAGUGUCCACAGACGUCGACGGCGACAAUACGACGGCCGGAGCAACAACUCGCGCCCAGGAAGCCCCGGCAACGACAGGCCAACCGAAGCAGUCCCGGUACGUGGUUGACAUCGGGGAGAUGAUGGGCUUCCCGCGUUACGAACCGUCUCCGGGCCCUGACGACAACCGCGACGACCCGCCGGCGACCACCACGUCCGACAUCGACCUUGAAAUGCGAGACACUGAUCCGUACGGAGAGCCCAGCAAACCAAGCCAUGAGCCAGACUUUGCGAUGAGGAGCGCCAUGAACACGCCGAGUUUCACCUACGCUAGGCGAGCGUCGGACGGCUCUUACUCGAUGCGCAGAAUCUACGCAGGCUUAUCCGAACCCGAGUACCCGUACCUAGCCCGCACCACGGCCCUGCAUGAAGGCGAUAUAGAAGACAUGUACGAGGGCGCGAGUACCUCUGCACACCUGCCGAUCUUCGGACAGGCAGGCCCGUCGAAGACCGGAGGAUCCAGCGAGCCCCCCCGACGCCAGGAACGUCCGCGGAGCGCAACUCCUAACGACGACCUGAGCCGACAAAUGCGGGAGAUUGAGACGGCCAGCCGGGCGCCGCGCCCUGUGUCCCGACAGCCCACCCAUCUCUCACCGGCACCGGCGCCGCCCGCUCCUACACACGAUGACAACGACGCGCUUUUCGGGCCCCGCAGGUCGCGCUCGCCAUCGAUACUCCACCCUCACCCAGUCCACUACGCCCCGGGCCCUUUCCCUAAUUUCCCGGCCCCGGCGGGGCCCAUCCAGCCUCUCGCGCCCGCUCAAGGCAUGCCGCAGCCGGUCACGAGGACACGCCCGCCCCCAGGCGGCUGGCCACGCAUCCAAGGAGCGGAUUUCGACUUGGCGUACAGGAAUGUGGCGCCUUCACAGGCAGAAGAAUGGCGGAAGGCGACGGACUACCACGUUUUCAUUCAUUUCCCGGGGCGCGGAGCGCACGACAAAGGAAACUUUAGUCGACUCUGUGCUGCGGAUAACAUCCUACGCGUAUCCCUGAACAUACCCACCGCCUCCAUCACCCAGCCCAUCGCCGCCGUGGCCCCCACGAAGCCGAACUCCAGCCCAACGUACUACCGCGUCGGCAACCUGACUCAGGAACAACGCGACCGCCUUUUGCGUGAGGGCUGGGCCUCCACCGCUGAAGGUACCUUUGGCGUAGUGUCGUCGGACUCCGUGCCACCGACUUUCCUGGCCUCCUUCCGGCACCCCGAGAGGUUGUGCGUACCGCCGACGGAGGAGGGACUAACGGAAGGCUUCAAGAAGGGCAUGAUGAGCCCAGAGAUGUACCAGUACGUUCGUACGAUACUUACGAUUGACAUCCGCACCGGCGGUAGAUGGCGCCACCUCACGGUGGGCGAGGCGCACCGCUGCGUCAUCGACUCGAUCAAGGUCAAACUGAUCUCCAUCCGGGACUCACGCGACGACGAGGAAGAACCAAUCGCUUUCCUCUAUAUGGAGUCGCCGACCGCAGAUGCAACUGAAUGGAUCUGCUUCCGCGAGCGCGUACGCAGUUUCACCUUCGGCAGCCCGUAUGCUGGUCCCCCCGAGCUCGUCACACGCGUGUUCUAUUGCCUCUUCUGUCACUCCAUAGACCACCCGACCCACGCGUGCACGCCGAUCGACGAGCGCAACACCCAGACCAGCGCGGUCGCGGAGGAAGAGGCGGACGCGGUGGCAGAGGCGGACGAGGGCGUGGAAACAGUCACGGCCGUCGCGGCGGUAGUGUCAACGAGUAGCAGUGUACGGGAUAUGCUUGAGGCCCUAUGUUUCUUGGAACCUACGCACCCACCAUGA